AUGGCCCUUCAUUCUUUGGGGGCAAGGUUUUUCGCCUCUGAUGAAUCAUCGAAAAUUCUCACUGAAACAGCCUCAGUUACAACCGUGACUGGUUGUAUCAUUUUACUAGCGUGGGUUGUGAUUUGGAAAUGGCAGCAUCCCUACAAGGAGCCCUAUUUCCGCCAGCCUCGUGGAGUAGCAGCUGCUCCACAUCUUGAAAGAACCAUUAUGGAUAACUAUGAGAAGUUGAAAAAUAAGUUUUAUCGAGUGCAGCAACCCCAUGCCGAUGUUCUUAUCAUUCCUCCCAAGUUCGUCGAUGAGCUCAAGAGCCACCCUCACGCAACGUUCAAACCGGAGGGGGAUGUUAGGUUCCUCCCGCAAUAUACCUACAUGGGGACUCUGGAUGGCUCCGCCGAUGCUGCUAUUAUUCCCGCCGUCAGGGAUGUUUUUACAAAGCAUCUUGAUAGAAUCGUGGAUCUGAUGCGCAAUGAGGCCGCCUUAGGAAUCAGUAUUCACAUAGGAUUCCCGGAAGAAUGGACGCCUAUUCUUCCCGUUCAAACCAUGGUGCAGGUUGUUGCACAAGUUGCAGGAGUUUAUGUCGUCGGUCCCGCAUCAUGUUCACCACGAUCUCUCGCUGUCGCGCCUCAUUUCUUGAAAAUGCGGCGCAUAAUCAAGCCAUUGAUUGAUGAGCGCAUGCAGCUGGCUGCUUCUGGCAAACCCAUUCCUCGCGAUCUGCUGGCCCUUGUGAUGGAGCAUUCACCGCCGCACCUGCGUGGUGAUAUUGAUUUCCAAGCCCGAAAUCAACUUAUUAUUGGGAUGGCCUCCACUCACACAACCUCUAUGACAUUGACGAACGCGCUUUUUGAUCUUGCCGCACGACCAAAAUAUGUUGAACCUCUUCGCGAAGAAAUAUUCAGCGUUUUUGGUGGUGAUGAUAUAACAGAAACCCUGUCUAAGAAGGGCCUUUUGAAAUUACGAAAGCUCGACUCUUUCCUCAAAGAGAGCGCGCGAUUUUCCCCGCUCAAUACAACCUCUUUUGCACGCGGCUUAUCGGCUCCCAUCACUCUUUCUGAUGGGACUGUGCUGCCCCGCGGUACACACUUAGCCGCUGCGGCAAAGCCCCUGUCACUGGAUCCAGAGUACUAUGACCAGGCGGAAAUCUUUGAUGGAUUCCGCUUCGCUCGACUCCGUGAAAAGGCUGGAAACGCAGACCGGUAUCAGUUCACAAGCACCACUGUUGAGGCAAUGCACUUUGGUCACGGAAAGCACGCGUGCCCUGGACGACAUCUUGCCGACCAGCAAAUUAAGAUCAUCAUGAUACACAUCAUACGGAACUACGAUAUUCGCCUCCGUGAUGGUGAAGGUCGACCAGAGAAUCAAGUGAUGGCAAAUGGACCCCAUCCUGAUCUCUCUAUCCCGAUACUGUUCCGCAAGAGAGAUGUUUAG